UUCGAUCUACAUAUAUACCUGAAUAUAAUAGGAACCUAUGGUUAACUUACUCCAGAAACUAUUUGGCUCUUUUGUCUCCACCACCACUAGUUAUCGUUUCUUUCACUAUCAUCCUCUUCAUCAUCAUCACCAAGGUGUCAACAAACACAACAUGACUAAGGCUCGCCCACUUUCUUUACAGACGGUGGAACUCAAAGUAAGGAUGUGUUGCAGUGGGUGCGAGAGAGUUGUCAAAGAUGCUGUCUUCAAGCUUAGAGGGGUGCAAUCGGUCGAGGUGGAGUUGGAGUUGGAGAAGGUGACAGUGGUGGGAUAUGUGGAAAAGAACAAGGUGCUAAAGGCAGUAAGGAGGCAUGGGAAGAGAGCGGAAUUCUGGCCAAACCCGAACCCACCGCUAUACUUCACAUCCUCAAAGAACUACUUCAAAGAUAUGACAAGUGACUACAGGGACAGCUACAACUACUGGAGGCAUGGAUAUAAUAUUGCUGACAAACAUGGCACUCUUCAUGUUACUCAUCGAGGAGAUGACAAAGUCAGCAACCUCUUUAACGAUGACAACGUCAAUGCCUGCUGCCUCAUGUGAUGUUACCCAUACAUACAGUCAAACUUCUCUAUAACAACGUCGUUUAUUCGGAUAUUUUUUGACCGAUGUAGCGAAAUGUUGUUAUAGAGAAUAUAUAAUAUAACAUAUAUAACAUGAAAAUCGGUUUUCAGAGAAAACUUAUUAGCCAUUAGAGUGAAGUGUUGUUAUAGAAUAUGACUGUUAUAUAGAGGUCUGAUCGUACAAAGAAGGAAAAAAUGACCUUUAAUUUAUGGU